AUGUCAGCCUCAGCGCCAGCACCUCCCACAAUCGUGAUCAACACGCCCGGCGCACCAACCUCGACCAUCUCCGCGCCCCGAACCGAACCCUCACCCUCACAAAAGGAACGACCCCAGAACCCCGCGCUGGUCAAGCAAUGCUACCUCUGCGACGAGCAGAACCCGGGCGACUUCUCCCCGACCACCAAAUACCUCGAGACCUGCCUGUUGUGUUCGCGCCACUUCUGCCCCAUCCACAAAUCCGUCAACUGGGACCAGGUCUGCAACAUCAACCACGCCGAGUACUACCGCGAGUGUCUGGAGAGGGCGCGGCAGGAGCUGAUCGCGCAGGGCAAAUCCAACGCGGACGCGGACGCGAAUCGAAGGGCGCUCGCGGAGGUGUUGAUCAAUGAAGGCAUCUAUCCGAGCUUGGGGGAACGGGAGAAGGCCAUCUUCACGACGAGUCCCGUUAGCGAGACAAAAAUGCAGGAACUCGCCAACUUCCGCUCCCUCGACGCUGCGCUGUCCGGAACGAGCACUCAGCCCAAGAGCCAGCUGAUUGAAGAGAAGGAUUUUGUCGGGGCGGACAUUGCUGUGUAA